AUGCCCAACGAUGCCUUAUCUUUGUUCUCCGAUCUCUUACGACAAAUUGACAUCUCCGGUACGCCUGCUUGCUCAAGUCUACCUUUAGAAGACCUAAGAGAAAUUAUGACCUCCCAAACCUAUAUGAAGUUUUUUGAUGUCCUUCGCGCCUUCCCCAUUACCGCUGCUCAUUCUGCCUUGCGAUUGCUUGCUUGGUGGAGGUUUUUGUGUCUUCUCCCGGAAAAAAUGCUUUCCGAUGGAUUUCGUCGUUUCGUGUCCCCGUUUCUCGCAAACCUCUUGGGUCGUUACAUCAGCAUCACUGCCUCUCUUGGAAAUCCCAAUUAUCAUCGAUAUCAGCUUAGUUCAACCUCGGUUUAUAAUGGGGACACUACAUCCCAAGAUCUUGCUGCUCAUGUUUUUUCCUGCAUUUUUGACUAUCCUGAACUAGAGCCUGAACUCUUCUUGAACAAAAAGAAACUACCCAAACUUUCCGUCUCCACUUCGUUUCUUUCCGCACAUAACUAUCAGCUUCUGGUGGCGGUGUUCCACUGGCUUCGUUAUUUAAGCGGCUCAGGAAAGUCCGUUGGAGACCAAAAAAUCGGCGAUAUAUGGGUCAAAUGUCUCAAGCGCAUUAGAAAGGCGAUUUCUGAUUUCCCAUCCAAUGACAAGGUGCUCAGAGAGACAUUCAUCCAGCAGAGCUUAGAUCUCUCUCUGCGUCUUGUCUCCCCACAGACGCCAUGUGGUGAUUCACCUUCUUCGAACUCAUUAAUCGAACCUUCCAAUAUUGAUAUCUCCCGAAACCCCAGUCCUGAUGAUUGUGUCACUGUCCUCCAUGAAAUUGCUGAUUCUUUGGACUUUGAAAAGAUGUCCUUGGAAUUGAAAUCUACUCUGAAUUACGACAUAUGUGCCUCUUGUCUGGAUCUUAUCUCAGUCUGGCAUCGUGAUGGUUGCUCGUCUAAUCUUUCGGCUGAUUUAGCUCUGGAGGAUAUCAUGAAGGACCUCAGCCUUUUAGCUGUUGAGUCGGUGGAAAGGGAUGCUCGGUUAUCCGUAAACGUUAAUAUCGUUGCGACCGCGGUUGAUGAUCAUCUCAAACUGCUUCGUGAGCUUCUUGCGAAACUCGUUCCCGAAUGUGUCAAUUUCGUUGAUACACAUCUUAAACUUCUCGAUACUCUCUACUGCAUUCCUUCAUCUGAUGUGAGCGUGACGCUGAACACAGCAAAAGUGAAUGAAGCGGGACUGCAAGUGUGGAUUUCCCUGGCCGAUCGCCUUACUCAACUUACCACCUUACAUAAACGAGUGACUGAUUUGCCAAAAUCUAACACAAAAAAUGGAAAACAAAAUUCGGGUUCAGGCCUGUCGACGAUGUUUGCUUUCUGCCUGGCUCCCGUAUUCCUUGCUGGUAGCUCAACUACUUCUCCUCCGCCCGAACUGGAGCAGAAAGUGUUGAGCGCAUUGUUCCGUCUUUUUCGCGUUCUACAUGCGGGGGCCUGUCUGCUCACGAGUAUUCCCACAAAUUCAUGGAUUGACAAACUCAGUGACUUAAUUAUCGCGUUAAUUCAAAAUGUGACAUCUGAGUUCGGGAAGAAAAUGAACUUGCGCAUUGUCUCUAACUUUCUCUCCUUUAUGGUCAAAUCUGCCGAAGCAAUUGAGGAAAACUUCAAGGAUCCUUUUAGUCCUUCGAAGUGGCGUGUUCACAAAGACAGGCUACUGGGUCAAAUGACGGGACCUGUGAAUGCCAUUUCUUGCUGUCUUGGCGCCAUGCCACUGGAGCAGUCUGAGAUAUCAGUUUGCAACUCGGUGUUUGUUUCACCAACACGUCGACAAAGCAGUCGACCUCGGAACCCACUAGUUUCGUAUGCAGUAACUAGUGGAUCACUAUCUCCAGCAAGACUCUAUGAAAUGAUCUUUUUGGAAAGCAAACAGCAACAGCACCAGAGUCCACAAACAACCCACUCUGUAACAUACAACCUUCUGCAUUCUCUUUGGCUCAUUUUACGGCGACACAUACGUUCCGUAGAAACACUCCUUUUGUUGAUUGAGCUCUCUUCUACGGGUCUGCUCGCUCUUGCCAAGCGUCUCAACUCAGCAUAUAUCUCCCUCAGAGAUAGCGAGGCUCCUGCCAUUAUUGUGACUGCAUUCGAGGCUUUCGUCACCCUUGCUUGGAAUCGCCUUCAGAAGUGCUUCUGCAAACCGGGUGUAGUUGAAACCCCCCGGCAGCAGAAGGAGCAGGAGUUGAAGCCUUUGAAGCUACCACAUCACGCAGUUCGUCAGUUGCUGGUGUUCUUUGAGGCCGCUGUUUGUCUGGCUUCAAGUCCUUUCUCGGCCCUGGAGCAUCGGUUUGCUGCUGCUGCUUCCUCUAAGAGCGCAAGUUCUUCACCCGUCUCAUUAGGAUGUAGUAAAAUAACUAAUUAUGAAGCCGCUUCGCGUCGCCGCAAAAUAUUUAUCAUGUGUAUUGUGUCGUUGUGGGACACGUUGGUCGUCUCAGCACCACCCGAAACAGCCGACUUGCAAGGGAGAAUUCGUGACUUGACAGGUCAGUUCUCCAGAUGUUUGGCCAGUGUGACUUCUCCUCAGGUCUCGCUCCAUCGUCGUGUCACUUUUCCUGACUGGAUUCCACCUACCUUGCUGUGGGAACAGGAGGUGGAGCAAAGUGGAGCGGAGGACGACCCGCCUUGGAGUUCAGCAAAAAUGUCUUCGGCACAAAAGAGUCCCAGAGCUUCCCGAAGAUUACCCAGAGGCGUUUGUAACAAGGAGCCAGAAGAGGAGCCUAGGCAAGAAAAUAACUUGGAAUCUACGCAAGAUGUCUCUCCUGGCCACGUUGAUACCACCAACAGUUCUCAGCUUCCCUCGUCCCAAACACCCCCAAGGCAGUCUUUGCAAGGCUCGUUUUUGGCCUCACGACGCCUCGGCACCGCGACUGAUCCCCGGGAGUCGCUUCCGCCUCGGCGAGCCUCUAUCAUAGCUCGUAGACGCCUCUCUCUAGCUGCACCUCAGGCUGCUUCUCAACCCCCACUAGUCCCCCAACAGAUUCAACGCUGCCUCUUUUCUGACGAUGGAAAUGAUGGUGGUACUGGUGCUGCCGCCUCGUCUACUUCCGCAGUGUUGAAAGUGUCGCCUUCUCGUAGUCGGAAGAGAGUAAAUCCAGACAACCUUGACCGCAGGCCCCCACCCAAUUUGGCAGAUUUCGAAGAUUCUACGCAGUUUGUCUUCAUUUCCCCGUUGGAUUGCUCUAGCAAGCGUAUGCGUCUCACAGAGCAUCAGAAAGAGCGUCGACGUGAACAAAGACAUGCCUAUCUACCUGCUAUGUACAACAACCUGGAUAUUGGUAAUGCUCCGGCAAGUUCGAAUCUGUAUCCUUUGAUCAGCUCAUCUUCGGUGGAUUCUUCCCAGUCGCUUAUGAGCCCAGCACGGUUCAAGGCCCCGACUCCAUCGGUUGGACCAUUGGAUUCACUCGCAGUUGCCGACCCGCAGCCUUCAACGUUCUCGCCAAAAGCUACAAAUGCCACUACCAGCACAUCGUCUGGGUGGGGUGAUAAAACAGGUGUAGAAUCGGCUCCGAAUGGAUCGGCAUUCGAAGAGGAGGCACCUAUAAGCUUAGAGCUCGAGGGGCCGGAAGGUAUUUCUGAAGGAAAUGUUGAUGAUGACGUUGAGGAGGCGGAGGAGGAGGCUGGUGCUGAUGCUUCGAUCGUAGUAGGCACGGAGCCUUCACAGUACAAGGCGACAUCUACAGAAGAUGCGUUAGCAACUCGUCGACGGCACAACGCACUCGCUUUGCCAUCCUCUUCCUCGAUGCUCUCGGCUUCGCCAGUGGUACCUCGCUCUAGCUCGGCUGUGCUAAGGAGUCCUCUUGUGGGAGGACCAGGGGGUCUAAGAGCGCAAAAAAUUCUUGAAUUGGGCCUGGCAAAGGCCGCAGAAAGGAGCAAACAGCGAAUGUUGCUUUCGGCAUCGAGGACCAAUUCGCAAUUCACCUCCCCCAUAGCAUCUCCUAGUAUCAAGCAGUCCGAUUCACCCGGUACGAGACCCGGAAUUCUGCGAGAUAUCACCACGCCACGGCCUAAGACUCGUGUGUCCUUUGUUGAACAACCAACGGUCUUUAUCCUCGAUUCUUCCGAAUCAUCACCUAAUGCUUCAGGGCUCAAGGAAAGCGAUUCAUCGGUAUCCAAGGCGUUCUCAGUCGUGCCUAUCCCCUCACUCACUACCAACGCUUCUGAAGAGAUGGUUGUUGCAGAUUCCCAGGACUCUCAACAGGCAGAAGUGUUUCACCCUCCGGAUGACGCGGCAUCUCCCUUACAUGAUCAGGCUGCUAGUGAGGGUGCCGAGGUACGUCAAGCGGAAAGUUAUUCUCCGCCAUCGCUUUCUUCUUCGGUGAGCAGUCGUCGUCGCAAGUCGGCUUCACCGAGACGUUGUGUCAUGAUCAACCGCAUGUCGAGGGGGACUCUGCUCUCCUUUCCGGGCAGCUCCAGGAGUACUGGCACCCGCACACAUCCACUCACUCGCAGGCGACUUUUCACGUCUUCAGGAAAUUGCGGGUCUUUUUCCCUUGUAUCCUCGAUGGCAGCAACGGUGGAAGGCGCUAAUGUCGAUCUGGACGCCCUCACUUGCACUCAUUUAUCUCCUCUCUCGGUUGUUAUUUCCAAGGCCUCACAGGACUCGUCCUUGGUGUCAGAAAUGACGACUGCGAUCCGGGGCAAAGAGCUAAUGGAAGCCGCAGUCGACAAAGAGGGUGGGCUCUUUAGCGGGACAAGGUCGACUGUUCAGGCUGUUUCUCCCGAUCACGUGACUGAGAAACACGAGAAGGAGGAUGUAAAUAACAACGAAGAUAUGGUAGAGAGCAGUCAGGAGCCGGCCGAUGCCGAAGUGAUUAUUGUCUCUGACACUGAAGUAGAGCAAAUCGGCGAACAGUCGGAAAAGUCCAAAGAGGGCACAGAAGUACAACAAGAACCAGUGGAUGUCGUCAUUGGGGUCACGGUGGCGAAUGUUGCACAAGGCGACGCCAUUGGGGAUGCGCGUCGAACACUUGGCACCUUACGUGACCAGCUCUUGCUGGUUCCCAGGGAGCAGCGAAAGGAGUUGCUGUUAGAGGCUUUGGCUCUCUUUAAGGAUAUCAUUCCCUAA